AUGGAUGUACUUAAGAGCAAACGACAGGCUUUGAAGGGUUCGAUCACACGUAUAUAUAACACAUGUUCUAAUCAGGACAUUUCUAUUGAUGCUAUUAGAGUUAGAGUUGCAAAAUUGGAUGAGAUUUAUAUCCAAUAUGAGUCUGUUCAGGAUAAGAUUGACGCAUUGACCAUUGAUGAGGAUGAACUUAGGGUAGAGGAUAUUUAUCGUGGUGAUAUUGAGGAGAAAUAUUUUGCUAUAAAGGAGUUAUUCACGUCUCGCUCACGGGAUGAGGAUAAUAAUAGGACUGUGGUUGAUAAUAAUUCUGAGGGUAACAUGGGUCAGGUGUUGGAGGCAAUUUCUCAGACACAGAAUAGUUUCACUUCAUUGAUUGAUCGACUAGCGAACGACCGUAAUCUGCAUUCAUCUCCCAUCUUACAACAGAGUGGUCAUGCACAGGAACCAAGACUACCUACUAUAAACAUACCGGAUUUUGAUGGGUCAUAUUCUGAAUGGAUACGAUUUAGGGAUUUAUUUGAGGCAUUGAUUCACAAUCGGACUUCAUUAUCGAAUGUCGAGAAGCUGGAAUAUUUGCAGACAAAAUUAAGUGGCGAGGCACUUAUUCUGAUAAAACAUCUUAGGCCGACUAACGAUAAUUAUCCAAUUGCUUGGGAUUUACUAAAGCGCAAAUUCGACGAAUCGGAUCAAGUGAGAUUAUCGUAUUUUAGAUUAUUAUUUGACCAACCUUCUGUUAAAUCGGUUAAUCUUGGGGAAGUCAAGCGAUUCUAUAAUAACGUGAAUGAGAGUAUAAACGCGCUUAGAGUAUUGGAGGAGCCUGUAUCUCAUUGGGACUCAAUUCUACUAUUUCAUUUGGAGCGAAAAUUGGAUUCCGAAACAAAUCAACUUUGGUGUCGCCAAAAGUCCGGAGAACGCAGAAUUUCUUUCAGUAAAUUUUUGAAGUUUUUGGAGGAUAGAAUAUUUGAAUUGGAAUGUAUUGACGCACAAGCGGUUAGGACGACAAAUCGGAAUCGUGGUCAGUCUGGUGCUUAUGUAGCAUCUGUUCAGGAUUGUUUUUGUUGUGGUCGGCAACACCCUAUAUAUCAGUGUGAAAAGUUUAAGGAAUUUGAAGUUCCUCAGCGUAUACAACUCGUUUAUGAUAAUAAACUAUGCCUGAAUUGCCUUCAACCAUCACAUUUUGUGAAUGAUUGUAAAGGAUCCUCAUGCAAGAUUUGUAAAUUGCGUCAUAACACGCUUCUGCACCGCGUGAAGAAUGUUGAAACUGAACGACCACAGGACAACGACGGGAUUCGGCAACAAAUAUUGACAAGUCAAUAUUCCUCCUCAUCGGGGCAUUACCCUAAUCGGAAGGCAAAUUUUGUGACAUUAUUGCCAACGGCGAUUGUCAUGAUUCGUGAUGGAUAUGGUGAAUUGAGGCCAUGUCGCGCUUUACUGGAUUCUGGGGCACAGGCAACAUUAAUAUCAGAAGCAUGCGUUCAAGGUUUAAGACUACGAAGAACUUAUGACAGGACAAUGUUAUUUGGUGUUGGUCCCGAUAAUCGAAACUAUACAAAGGGCAAGGUGGAAAUAGAGAUAAUUUCUGCAAAUCACUCGGUCAAGUUGGGAACUCAGGCAUAUAUAUUAUCGAGGUUAACCCAGGAUAUUCCAAGUUAUGAUGUGGACAGGGAAAUGGUGGAAUAUUUUCAAAAUUUGGAACUGGCAGAUAAGACGUUUUAUAAAUCAUCAAAGAUCGACAUAAUUAUGGGCGCUGAUAUUUUUAGUCAAUGCAUCCUGACAGGAAGGAUCACACACCCCACUGGUUCACCUAUUGCAAUGAACACGAUAUUUGGUUGGGUAAUGAUGGGAAGUCUGGAGCAUAAACCAUCGCAUGAUCUUUUUGCAGGGCAUGUUUCACUAAACAUGGAUGAACUAUUACGAAAAUUUUGGGAAGUUGAGGAGGUACCGAAGUCAGUGAAGAUUUUUUCUGAUGAGGAAGCAGAAGCAGAAUUGCAUUAUCAGCAAAAUGUUUCUAGAUUGGAAAAUGGCCGAUACAUGGUACGACUACCAUUAAAGGAGAACAUCAAGAUAGGAGAAUCAAAAUCUUCUGCUACUAAGAGGUUGGUGUCCAUGGAGAGGAGAUUUAUGCAACGUCCGGAACUGGGAAAUGAAUACAAGAGAUUUAUGGAUGAGUUUAUUGGAUUAGGACAUAUGGAGGAACACAUUACUGAGGCCUGUGAAUAUUUCUUACCUCACCACGCUGUUUUGAAACCGGAAAGUUCAACAACUAAAUUACGUGUCGUGUUUGAUGGUUCUUGCAAAACAAAUACGGGUUACUCCCUCAAUGAUAAGCUACUAACCGGACCUACCAUACAGAAUGAUAUUUUCACGAUUAUUUUGAAUUUUCGCAAGUACAGAAUUGGAAUCUGUUCGGAUAUAGAGAAGAUGUAUCGGCAGGUGUUAAUACAUCCGGACGAUAGGAAAUAUCAAUGCGUAUUAUGGAGGGACUGUUCCGAAAGGACAAUUAACGAAUAUCAUUUGAACACCGUCACAUAUGGCACAUCAGCAGCUCCAUUUCUCGCCAUUCGGACCCUCCAUCAGAUUGCAAUUGACAAUGCACAUUUACCGGAAAUUGCGGAUGCUAUAGAUGAGAAUUUUUAUGUGGAUGAUUUUAUGACAAGUUCCGAUAAUUUGUCUUCAGCUAUAACAUUGAAGGAAAACUUGACAACAGUUUUAUCUCAAGCUGGUUUUAAAUUGAGAAAGUGGUCGUCUAAUUCUAGAGAGUUCGUUGAGACAAUUGAUCCGGACGAUAGGGAAUUCGUAAAGGAGGCUACGAUAAAUAUAUCUGAUACAGUUAAGACACUUGGUCUUUCUUGGAAUACUUCUACCGAUUGUUUUAUAUUCUCCGUCAACUUGGAACCGCAAAAGGGAAAGAUUACCAAACGAGUUGCUCUAUCUAUAAUGGCUAGUAUUUUCGAUCCUAUUGGGUGGAUUGCACCGGUGAUAAUAUCGAUGAAGAUUUUUAUGCAAAGCCUUUGGUUACAUGGGGCUGAUUGGGAUCAGGAAUUAUCUGAAAACUUGCAAAGGAAAUGGAAGGAACUUUAUGAGGACUUAGGAAAUAUUUGUAACCUUCGAAUACCGCGCUGGAUGGGACUUGAUGUGAACAUGCAUGCUGAACUGCAUGGAUUUGCUGACUCAUCCGAAUCAGCUUAUGCUGCAGCGAUAUAUUUGCGAAUUGUUCGGCCUGAUGGAAGGGUAAUAACUAAUUUAGUUGCUUCGAAAACACGUGUCGCCCCAAUAAAACAGAUUUCAAUUCCGCGCCUGGAAUUAUGUGCAGCCCACUUAUUAGUGAAACUAAUGAAUAAGAUUCGGGAUUUCCUGAAAAUUGAUACAGAGGAUGUAUAUGGAUGGUCGGAUUCAAUGAUCGUUUUGACAUGGUUAUCGGAUCAUCCGAGACGAUGGAAAAACUAUAUAGCCAACAGGACAUCGUUCAUUAUUGAACAUAUGCCUUCCCGUAAAUGGCGUCAUAUUUCAGGUAAAAGCAAUCCUGCUGAUUUGGCUUCUAGAGGUGUUUCAACGGCAGAAUUAAAGGACAACGAUCUGUGGUGGUAUGGACCUGAGGAAAUUAGGAGAGUGGAAAUUCCGCAAUUUUAUUUAUCCCCUCUGACAAAGGAUAAGAACAUGGAGGAAAGACGGCAAUUUAAUAUAAGUGUGGCUAUUGAAAAGGAUGUGGAUAUUUUGGGAAAAUUUUCAGACUAUAACAAACUGGUACGUAUUACAGCUUUGAUAAUGCGAUUCAUUGAUAAUUGCAAACCUGAUGGCCAAGAUAGAGUAAUUGGUCAUAUCACAUCAGCAGAGUUGCGAAGGGCAGAAUUGAUAUUAAUAAGACGAGCACAGCAGGACUCAUAUCGGGACGAUAUACAUACAUUGUCUUCAGGUGGACAGCUUCAAAAUGGGAAAGGACUUGGAGAUCUCGUUCCAUUUUUGGACAAGGAAGGCAUAAUGAGGGUUGGUGGUCGAUUGGAGAAUGCUCGGAUAAGCUAUGAUCAGAAACACCCGAUGAUUUUGGACAAGAACCACAUACUCACAGAUCUAAUUGUUCGAUAUUAUCAUCAGAAACAUUUACAUGCUGGUCACAGACAAACUUUAUAUUUGAUUGGAUUGAGAUUUUGGAUUCCAAAUGCAGUUCAUGUUGUAAAGCGGACAAUAUAUAAAUGUAUUAGGUGUAUGAAAUUUCGGGGAAUAACUUACCAACAACAAAUGGCAACUCUUCCACACUAUCGUUUACAACAAUGUGCACCGUUCAUGAAUACCGGGGUCGAUUACGCUGGUCCAUUUUACGUUCGGUCAUGGAAAGGGAGGGGUUCCAAAUUGUAUAAGACGUGGUUGGCAGUAUUUGUUUGCCUUGGAACAAAGGCAAUACAUUUGGAACUUGUAACGGAAUUAUCAACAGCAGGAUUCAUAGCAGCUUUUCGGCGAUUUAUAGCACGUCGCGGGAAACCAAUGCACAUGUAUUCGGACAACGGCACUAAUUUUGUUGGCUGCGACAGGGAAUUGCGAGAUUUGUACCAACAUUUGAACCAGGUCAAUACUCAAUUUGGAUUGAAUAAGGAACUGAGCGAUAACCAGAUCAAAUGGCAUUUUACGCCACCAUCUGCUCCUCACUUCGGUGGUAUUUGGGAGGCUGGUGUAAAGUCUGUGAAGGGUCAUUUGAAGCGUGUAUUGGCAAAUGCUUCUGUUACAUACGAGGAGAUGGUUACUAUUCUUUGUCAAGUGGAAAGUUGUCUUAAUUCACGCCCAAUGUGUCUGAGAUUUGUGGGUGACAUGGAUCCUCUAACUCCAUCACAUUUUUUGAUAUUGCGAUCGAUGUCGGCAAUCCCGGAUGGGAAGGUAGAUUCGGCAAAGAUUAACUACAAUGACAGGUGGCGCUACGUUCAGAGACUGGUACAUGAGUUCUGGGGUAAAUGGGCAUUGGAAUAUUUGGGCCAAUUGCAACGUCGGCCGAAAUGGUCACAUAAAUUGGCUAAUUUGAAUGUGGGGGAUAUUGUUAUAGUUAAGGACGAUAAUUUACCUCCUACUCAAUGGUCAAUAGCUAAAGUUAUUCAGACUCAUUCUGGAUCAGAUUCAUUGGUGAGGGUUGUUACGGUGAAAACAUCUAAAGGCGUAUAUAAACGACCUGUCUCUAAGUUAUGUCCUUUGUUCUUGGAAAUUUGA